AUGCGGAAGGGCACGCUCAGUCAGAUAGUAAAAGUCGGACUUCAUUUUUACGGUAUCUGGCCAUACUUGAAGUCAACUGUGAUGUGGCGAUUAUACUGGAUCAUGGCGUUGAGCACGGCUCAAGUCUUUCAGUACAACUACGUGGUCGUGAACAGUGAUACAGACAACUUCUCCGAGUUUAUGGACGGAUUGGGCAGCGCGAUGGCGUCUUCGUUGCUCUUCAUCAAGCUCGGUCUCUUGUGGAUCAACCAACGAAUGUUGCAGUCGCUCGGUGAACCCAACGCCGCGGCGAUUUUGGUGAAAUCCUUAAUGUUUUAUGUCACAAUGAACUUGGACGUAUUCGUAUACUGCUUCGCCGGCGAGUAUUUGAGCGCCAAGGGCAGAAUGAUCGGAGACGCAGCCUAUAAUUCUCUGUGGUAUGAUGUUUCGGUGAAGAAAAGUCGGAUCAUGAUGUUCAUCAUUAUGAGAUCGCAAAAACGGUUGACGAUCACGUAUGGGAGGAUCAUGGAGUUCUCUUUGGAAUGUUUCACUAACGUUCUGAAGACAUCAGUAUCGUACAUGUCGGUGCUUAUUGCAAUGUACUAA